UGUGUGUUAAUGUCAUUCGUUGUGUCGCGCUGUGUCGGUUUCGCGUUCUUUGUCCGUUCGCUGCCCAACGUUCAUCGCACGGUUGCUCCGGUCGAUUGUCGUCGAGUCAAACGUGUGUUCGGCUAAAAUGUCGUAGCCACGAUCCGAAUGGCCAGCGAGUGCGUUUCGAAAAACGCGUACGGAACGACGAAAAUAAUGAAACACUAAACUCCGAAAAACCUGUCGUCCGGCUUUGGGGUAUAUAUUAUAAUACAAUAAGCAAAAAUAAAAUCGGAACCCGAAUUUCGUUCUCACGCGCACCAGAGACCCGCGGACAUGGCGUUCUUCUUUUGUGCUUCGCCCGGUAAUGCAACAGAACAACUUAUGACUCAAGGUGCAUUUAAAAUACGGUCCGGACAAGUUGGUACACCUAUGGUUCAAAACGGUGACCCUAACCACCGGAGCACCAUCGUCGGCGGUUCAAACGGCAGCGGCAUAACAGCAGCGGCCAACGCCACGGCCACCGGGUUCGAGAUGUAUUCGUUUUUCGCUAGCACGGCGACCGCCGCCUCGGGCACCGGAACCAUUUCGGUGGCGCCCUCGUGCGGCGGCGCCCCGUUGCCGCCGCAUUCUGUCGGCGCGCAGGCGCACUUUACCGGCAUUCAGUCGGCCGCCGCCGUCACGCACCAGCAGCAGCACCAACAACAACAACACCACCACCACCACCACCACCUCCUCCCACUACACCAUCUCAAUCAGCAGCAGCAGCAACAGCAACAGCAGCAGCAACAACAACAGCAGCAGCAGCAGCAGCAGUCGGUCUCUGCGGCCAUCAAUUGUUCCGUGGUGCGCGCUAUCGCCGCCGCUUCGUCGACGCUGCCGUCGAUCGUAGCCGUUUCGUCCGCACAACAAUCAUCGACCGUUGUCGCCGGGACGUCCGCCGCUGGCAAAAUGAAAGAAAUGCCGAAAUUGGUGAAACUUGCUCCCAAUGGAUCAGCAGACAGGUUGCCGUUACAAGAAUCAAAAAAACGAAAAAGGCCGAUUGGGAAAAGCCAUGCUUUAAUAACUAGUAAACCGUUGACUAUAGUUGCUCCCACUCCGAUAGCAACAACUCGAAAUGAAGACUCUAUUAACUCGACCAAAUAUACUACGUAUGCCUCACAGACCAACCCAGCACUGGUGUUGAAGAAAAAAGAUUCCACUGUUCAAUGCAGUCAAACAACAACCAUCAAAAGUACGCUAUUAGCUGGCGUCAGUGGAAAUAUACCGGUGGGCAUAGCCGUCGCCAGACAAAGGUAUACUCAAAGUUCUUCUAACACGGAAGUUCAAAGGCAACGAGAGACCACUACAACGACUGUAUCUAUGCCCGAAGUCGUUCAUCAGUCUCCAAUGCAGACAAUGGUGUUGUCCUACAACGAUUGUUCCAUGACAACUGGAUCAACAACAGGUAUAAACCGAUGGCCAUCGUCUGGGAGCUGUAGCAUUCCUCAAAACACUAUUGGAAGUCAAUGGAGUUUUCAAAACACUACGUUAAGAGCUCCCGCUUUGGAACAACAGACUGUGCAACCGGUCGGAUAUCAACUAGUCCAAGAUCAAUCCGGCCAAUAUUUUCUUUUACCUCAAAACUCUAUUGCUGGUUUAAUGGCUAUGCCGUUUGAUUAUUGCAAGUCGGAAGCACAAAAUCAUCAUCAACCUAAUCAAGGUUAUACUCUAAUCCAACAACCACAGCAGCAGAUGACUACUAUAUCACCGAUCAUAAACCACCAUCCGCAGUACACGUCUAUUGCUAGUUCGGGUUCGUUUUUGAUUCAACAAGUCAGUUCUUCCACUCCUCCGGCCCUCAUAAACACUCAUCAUCAACUAACCGACAACAGUACACACCAACAACCGUUAAUACAGUUGACAUCACCUGAAAAUCAGAUGAUAAUUUUCAACCAACAACAAUCAGCUAUUAUGGCUCAACCACUAAUAGGUCAUCUUCAACCGCCACACGCGGGACUUACUAUUGCAACUCAAAUGCAAGCUGGAUGUCAAAAUCAAAUCAACGAUAUACAAACAGUAUCUGAGUCGGUAACUGUUCAAACGAAACUAGUACAGCAGUCUAUUACUGAGAAGAGUACAAUUUCAAGACAUACAGAAGAAAAUGUCUCAAUUUCAUUGGAUUAUUGUAACACUACUAUAAGUGAACCAGAAAAAGACUUAAAACAAGAUUUUCCAGCACCAGAACAACUCUCGGAAUCUGAAGCGAUUAUAUCACAUGAUGCUAGCAAUCAAACAGAUAUUCAGACUGAAGAUGAAACUUUUCAUCCAUUGAUUGAAGAGAGCAAAGAACCCAAUUUCACUGAGAGCGCACAAGACUGUACAAAUAAUGGCCAGACUUUGACUGAAAGUACUACUCAAACUACAGUUUUAUCUAUAGUCGAAAAUUCUAAUACACCGGAUAUCACUGGACUGGAACUGUUGUUGAAUAGCAUUGAACAGUUUGAAAAACGAAAUUCUAGCGAACAAUCGGAUAGUUAUCAUACUCAGGAAGUUGUGUCGAAUACUUUAGAACAGGACAAUGUUCAAACACUAGAUACUGAUGUAAAUACUACUGAAGAAACAGAAGAAAAAGGUGUGAACAAGAUUGAUUUGCUUUUAUUGGCUGAACAGUUUUUGGAAACUGAAAAAUCUAGUGAGACUUCUGAACAAGAUAAUGCCAAUAAGAGUUGCUCAAACAAUAAUAAUUUAACUGAAGAAAAACUAUGUAAUUAUGAGUUUGAAGAAAAUUCCACUAAACCACUUGAGGUGACAAUAAAUAAAAACGGCAUUAAAAAAGUUUACACUAAGAAAUCAUUUGCCCAGAGUAGCAAUACAUUCCAGUCAGUUGAUAAAUUAAAAUUUAACUCAAAAUUAGAUACAAUCAAAAAGUCACCUAAAUACUCUAAUGUCAAAGUUCAAAAUCGAAAAAUGUCUGACUCAAGUUUAUCAUCAUCGUCCGGUCAAGUAAAACGUGGACCAGGUCGCCCAAAAAAAGUAUUGAAAUGUGAUGAUGGAAAUAACAAUAAUGGUAAUAAUGAACAAGAUAUAAAAGAAAAACGGUUAAAGUUGGAUUGCAGUUCAAAUACCAAACAUAAGACUUCUAGUUCCUCAUCUUCAGAUCUCUCUCCUCCCGUGUUGGAACCGUGGAGUCCUUUUUCACCUAGAAAGAUUUCUACUCAUACCCCACCCACAUUAUCACCAGUUUCAUCAGGGGUUAAAUUGUCUGAUAAUCAAAAAUUAUCGGAUGAUGAUAAGUUCUAUCAGAAAAAAAUUGUCAAAAAACGCUGUACAUCAUCAAAUGUGACUAGUGAAGAUGAAUUUAGACCACCUUUAAAGAAACGAAAAGUUGGCCGACCAAGAAAAAAUCCAAAUCCGUUUGAUGAAGUUAUUAAAAAACAUCUGUCUCAAAGUCCAAAGAAAGAUAAACAACUUUCUUUAUCAUUAGGCUUGUUAAGCAGUGUUUCAACAAUUAAAAUUAAUAAAAUAGAAACACCGUCUUGCAGCCAGUACAAAAUAAAACCCAAGUUAAAAGCUGAAGUUAAAAUUAAACAUUGGGACGUGGAGGAUGAAGAUGAUGAGAUUCAAGACCAAGACGACAUAUUAGGUUUGCCAGAAUAUGUGUGUAAAAAACGUCAAAUUGCUGAUGCAUUGCAUAGAGUGUCUCCCUGUUCUGUCAAUAAGCCAGCGGUGAUCCCUAAGAAGAGAAUGUUUUCAAAUACAUCUUUAGACAGUAUAGACAGUUUAGAUGAUGUAACUUUAUUUCCGCAAAGGGAAACAUCAUGUAGUUCUGUUCCAGUGAGAAGUCAAACUUCAGAGUCUUCUGAUAAUUCUCUUGCACUUACUAACGAAGAACGGGAUAGUUCUACUACGGUCGAACUCGCUGAACGACAAUGCAUACCCGUCAGUCCGAGUCGACCGAAUGUAGAAAUAACUACCGUCGAUGAUGAUCAUGAAAGAAGAAGACUAAAAAAGAAACGCAAACAUAGGAAACACAAACACAGUCACGACGAAUCAAGAACCAAACAUAAACAUAAACAUCAUAAAAAACAUCACAAAAAGCAUAAGCGACACCGAGAUUCUGAACUAGACCUUUCUGUAUCCGAGCCACCCACUCUAUCCCCUCAAAGACUUAUUGAAGACACCAUUGAAGAUGAUGAUGAUGAUGAUGAUGAUGAUAAUGAUGAUUGUAAAUCUAAAGAAAAUGACUCCAGUGAAGUUGAAAGCAGUGACGUACCAGCAUUUCUGUCUGACCAACAAAUAUGGAAGUGGUCAGGUGACAGUUAUAAGCGUCCAGGUCGUGGUGGCAAUAAAAAAACCUUUUACAGAUCCAUCAGUAGAGGAGACGAAACCAUAAGUAUUGGUGAUUGUGCUGUGUUUUUGUCUUCUGGUCAAUUGGAUCGACCUUUUAUUGGUAAAGUGGACUGUAUGUGGGAGACUAACCAAGAAAAAAUGCAAGUAAAAGUAUUUUGGUUUUAUCAUCCUGAAGAGACUGCCAAUGACUUUACUGGAAAUCUACCAUAUCCAGGAGCAUUGUUUAAAUCACCUCAUAAUGACAUUAAUGAUGUACAAAGCAUUAUGAAUGGGUGUCAAGUGGUAUCAAUAGAAGAGUUCAGUUCGAUUAUUGAAAAGGAUGCUAAACGGUUGAAAAAUAUUUAUGUAAAUAAUGAUCUGUUCUAUUUAGCCGGAGACUAUGAGCCAGUCAUGAAAAUGAUUAACUUCAGUGAUGGUGUAGUGUUGACACCGAGUAAUACAUGAUCUACUCGUUAACAACCAUUUAAAAAAAAUAUAAUUUAUUAAUUAUUUAUACUCAUUAAUAUUGUUUAUUUAUAAUGUCACUAUGUAUACACAUAUUUAUAUAUAUAUAUAUAUCAUUAUUAUUUUUAUAAUACAUAACUAUUUAUUAUUUUG